AUGGAUUCUGUGAUUGAGGCCAUCAAGACCAAGCCCGUUGGGCCGAUCCCGACCGUCAUUCCUGAGCCGACUCAUUACGAGACAGCCGGGCACAAUGGAAUCCGCGCUCUAUGGGUUCUCUUCUUCAUGAUGGUGGUGGCUUCCGCCGUCUUCGCCCUCCUCUCGUGGAACGUCGCCGUCCAGCGUCGCAUCUUUUACUUCCUCACCACCCUGACCACCAUCAUCUCCGCGCUCGCCUACUUUGCCAUGGCCUCCGGGCAUGCGUCCACCUUUAACUGCGUCAGCGUCCGAGAUCACCACAAGCACAUUCCCGAUACGUUCCACGAUGUGUGCCGUCAGGUCUACUGGGCUCGUUUUGUGGACUGGGCCAUCACAACUCCCAUCCUGGUUCUCGAGCUUUGUCUGGUGGCUGGUGUUGAUGGAGCGCAUACCGUCAUGGCUAUUGUGGCGAAUGUUAUCAUGAUGCUUACGGGUCUUUUUGCUGCUAUUGGUCAUGCGAAUACUGCUCAGAAAUGGGGAUGGUAUGCCAUCAGUUGCAUUGCCUAUCUCUUCACCAUCUGGCAUGUCUCUAUCCAUGGUGCUAGAGCUUCUCGAGCUCGUGGUACCAAGGUCUCCCGACUGUUUGGCUCCCUCGCCACUUUUGCCCUCAUUCUCUGGACCAUCUACGUUGUGGUCUGGGGUGCUGCUGGCGGUGCUUGGAGGGUCAAGGUCGGCACCGAGAUCAUCAUCUACGCCGUCCUCGAUGUCCUUGCCAAGGCCAUCCUUGGCCUUUGGCUAAUUACGGCUGCUCGUCAGAACCGCGAGACGACCCCCGAGGUUGGUGGCUACUGGGCUCAUGGAGCUGGUACCGAGGGAGCGAUUCGCAUUGGCGAUGACGAGGAGGGCGCGUAA